AUGGAGUCUUGCUGCACCUGCGCCGUUAUCCAGCCCCCGACUUCCUCCCAAGCAGCCGAGAAGGCUUUGCCGCAGGACCGCAGAGUCGAAUGUUGCGGGAGGAUCAUCUGUGGCAAAUGCAUCCAAGACAACCCUCGCUUCGCGAAGUACUGUCCGUAUUGCCAAGUGUCGACCGUGCCCUCGCCACUGCCACAAAGGCUGCGAGACCCUCCGUCAUACACGUCCGUCCCAUCCACAAGAGCCACAACUACGGAGGCUUCUUCCGCGCCACCGCCGUACACUCCGACUGCCACCCCGAACCCUUCCGAGCCACAUGAGAAGCCAGCGCACGCUGGCGACCCCGAGAAGAGCGAGGCUGCCGCACAAGAUACGCUCCAUUUCCUGGACCACGAGCACGACAGCAUCACAUCCCUGUCCCUCAAAUAUGGUGUCCCGGCCACUGCACUGCGUCGCACCAACAACCUGACAAGCGACCACCUGCUUGUGGGCCGCAAGACAAUAUUGAUACCAGCCGAGUACUAUCGGGCAGGUGUGAGCCUGUCUCCCCGACCGGUGGACGGCGAAGAGGAGGAGCUUCGUAAGAGCAAGAUUCGUCGGUUCAUGACCUCGUGCAAGGUCUCUGACUAUGACGUUGCUCUCUUAUAUCUUGAACAGUCCGCCUACGACCUCGGAGCUUCCAUCGAAGCCUUCCUCGACGACGAAGCGUGGGAAAGAAGUCAUCCCAUGCAGCGGUCAGGCAAGGCCGGUCCGGUCCGGAAAGGCCCCAAGAACCGUGGCCCCUUCUGGCGAGGGCUGUGA